GGCAAAAUUUCCCAACCAAAGAAAAAAGAGGAACCGGCUAAAGCAGAGAAGAGGAAAACUGUAUCGCCUGUGUCUGCUGAAAGUAAAAAGGUAAAACUCUCCAGUUCCAGUAAUGGGAAUGGACAUAGUGUGGCACAGACAUCAUCCACUGCCAAAACCCUUCUGGAUAUAUUCACAGGAGUGAAGCUUUAUCUGCCUGCUUCACUUGAGGAAUUUUCAAAAUUGCGCCGCUACUUCGUUGCCUAUGACGGUGAUCUCGUCCCAGAAUUUGAUGUUCCUUCAGCCACACACGUGAUUGGAGACGUUCCAGAAUGUGCCGAGGAUGCCAAGCAUGUGACACCACGCUGGAUAUGGGAAUGUAUCAGACGCAGGAGGCUGGUAGCACCUUGCUGA